AUGGAUCGUAUAGCGAAAAUCUCCUCACAAAGAGCGGUUGUGAUAUUCAGCAAGACCACGUGUUUCAUGUGCCACGCUAUCAAGAGACUAUUCUACAAGCAAGGAUUGAGCCUGUUUAUCCACGAGGUGGAUGAAGACCCGAGGACUAAGGAGAUUGAGUGGGACCUCACAAAACUCGACUGCAGCCCGUGUGUGCCAACCGUGUUCAUAGGCGGAAGACUCGUGAGCUCGGCUAAUGUAGUGUUGACACUUCAGCUUGAUGGCUCGCUAAAGAUAAUGCGUAAAGAUGCUGGAGCUUUGUGGCUUUAG